AUGAUUGGUAGCAAUGAAUAUAAAAACAAUACAACAUCAAAUAAAUGUCAAUUUUUAAAAAUUAAUUCAAUAAGCCCAGCGCAUGAUUCAACAAUUGGUAAUUUAUGUAUAUCAUCAGCUGUUGUUGCUAGAGCUGGACUGGGGUUGGGAUUUGAUGGAUUAUAUUCCGCUGAUCAUGUGCAAAUGGGGGGAAGUUCUAAAAAAUUAAACACCAUAUCAACGAUAUUGAUUACAAAAGAGAAUUUUAAGAAUUUUAUUAAAAGAAUCACUGGUACCCUGAGAAUAGAUACACAAAUAGGAAGAACUUUUAAAAACUUAAACACCACAUCAACGGCAUUAUUUACAGAAAAGAAUUUUAAAAAUUUUAUUAAAAGAAUCAUAGGUAACUUCGGAAUAGAUGCGCAAAUAGGAGGAACUUCUAAAAACUCAAUCAACACAUCAAUGACAUUGUUCACAGAAAAGAAUUCUAUUAAAAGAACCACAGGAAUAGAUGCACAAAUAGGGGGAACUUCUAAAAACUUAAUCACCACAUCAACGACAUUGUUUACAGAAAAGAAUUUUAUUAAAAGAAUCGCAG